UCAUUUUCUUAAACCUUUUUAUGCUCUUUCUAUAAGUCUUAGCAUUCACUCACCAAUGUGCUCCUAUAUAACCUCUUUCUGAAUUAACAGAAAAUGGAAGGCCUUUUGUUCACCGAAAAAACAUAGAUAGUGAUCAGUAUCAGCUAUGGAUGUGGAAUUUGGACUCAAGCUCACAAAAACCAUGGAUGAUCUUGCUUCUUUCGCCGACUUUCAGCUCGGCAAAGGCCGAGCAGGUCCUCUUUUUGUGUCUAGAGAAGAUGUCAACAUGUUCAUCCUCACUGUCCAUCUCAGAGGUUUUAAGAAAGAGAACAUUAAUAUCAAGAUAAGUGAAGAUGGGACACAAAUUACAGUUCAUGCAGAGAAGCCGGUGCGGCAAACGGUAAUGAUAGGUCGGAUGGUACACAAGGAAUGGACAGAAGUCAAGGUGUUUAGGAAGGUUUUCAAGAUUCCUGAUGGUGUGGUUUUGGAUCUGAUCAAGGCGGGGUUCAAAGAAGAAGGAUCAAUCUUGACGAUCAUCAUGCCUAAACAGGAGAAAGGAAUUCGUGGGGUUGGGAUUGAGGAAGUGAAGGAAGAAGAAGUUGGGAGAGUCACAGCAAAAUCAGAAAGGGAGGUAGUUGUAGCUGAUGAGUUCCCUGAAAGAGACAGAGCGAGAGUAUUCUCACUAUUCAAACCAGAGAAAACUGUUGAAGAGGCUCCCAUAAAAAAUCUUAUUGGAGAGAGAAUUCAUUGGAAAAACCCGGUAGCCGAGGAGUUCCCUAAGAAAGAAUACAUAGGAAAAACACUACCGGAGAAAACUGAAGUGCGUAAGGUUGAAAGCACUGAAGAAACUAAUAGGGCUAUGAAAGAGCCACUUAAAAGAGAGAGAGAAACCCGAGAGUCUGUGAGUAAACUUGCAGAAGAAACUAAACAUCAAGAAGUGUCAACCAUAGAAUCUAGGGUGGUUGAACCCAGGAAUGAGACUGAUACGCCACGGAAAGAGCUUCCCGCAUUGAUAGAGCAGAGAAAGAAACAGGAGAUUCCAGAGGUAGAGAAUGUAGAACAAAGAGGAUUGGAGGAAGAAAAGAGCAUAAAGGAUGAAGGUAGACAUAAAAUACCUCAAGAACCACAAAGGCAGGUGUCACAUACAGAUGUUACAGAUUCAACGAAAUCCAAACGUGAUCAAGAACUAGAACGAGCAGCAACUCCACAGCUACACUAUCCUGUCGAACAGCAUGGCAAAGAUGAAGUUACAGAACGAGAAAAAACUUCCAGUAUAGGAGACGAGAUUCUAGAAGCGAGUAACGAAAGAAGUUCUCAAGAGAAAGAAGGUGAAUCAUCUGAAGCAGAAAGACAGAAAGAUCCUGGUGAGAGAGCAGCUCAGGAGAAGAAGGUCGCUUCAAAAAGGUGUAAGCUCUUUGCUCCUUGUUGUGUUGCAGGAUCGGCCAUUCUCGUCUCUUUUAUAGCUCUUGUUAUUCACAGAGCAAAGAGAAGACAAGUAAAAAGUACAUGA